AUGAGUCUCAGUUCCUAUGAGAUUGAGCUACCCGUGAAUAAAGAAUCACCCUAUCAAUAACUUUAUAGAGGUAGGCAUGAUAAUGACUAAAUUUAUAUGAUACACAUCUUUCCCAAGCAAACAUUGAACAAAUAAAUCUAAGAAUAGAUUAUUCAAAGAGCUGAAGAACUCAAUUUUAUAUUUGAAUAAUUAGAUUUCGAAGAUUUUAUUUUAAUAUCUUACAAGGAUAGCACUUUAUGGACAAAUUUAGAAUAAAAGGUUAAAAUAGAAUCCCUGAAAUCUUUUUAUCUUUAAUUGUACUAAUAAUAUUCAAAACUUAAAGGAAUUAUAGAUUUUGAUUAAGAUUUUGUUUUUGUAAAUGACAAUCAAGUUUUUAUAAUUGAUUAUGGAAUUAAUUAACAUGUAAUGAAGAAACACAAAGAUCUCGAAUAUACAACUAAAACUAAAACUUAUUUAUUUGGUUAACUACUUUUUAAUCUCUUAUGUAAUCGAGAUUUGAGUGAGAAAUUGUUAUAGUGCACUGAACAAUUUAAAAUAGAUACUAUCAUUCAUUAAGCUGCUGAAAAUUACAAAAUCAAUAAUGAAAUAUUAGAAUGUUUAUUAAAAAUGCUCAAAUUAGAUCCUAAUUCAAGACCAACAUUUGAAGAAGUUGGCUAAUGGAAAUUAUUCUAUUCAAAAAAAGACAUUUCUAAAGUGACAUCAAGUAUUCUAGAUUUUUCAAAUAAAAAAAUUGGUACAUAAUAAACAAAUCGCUAAAAUUAAACUUAGAGAUCAGUCAGACCUUAAUCUUAUGAUUAGAAAGUUUUAAACACAGCACAUAAUUAAUCAGUCAAAGCUGCAAUUGAAAAAUAAAGAAGGUAACCUCCCUCAACAAAUAAAGUAUGUUCUUCAUAUGUAUUUGCAUCUUAAAUAAUUACUAAUAAUAUUAAAAAUAAAAAACUCUCAUCGAAUUUUACUAAUUAAAUAUCUACUUAAUAAUCCUUUUUUUAAUAAACAGGUUUCCCUUAAUAAGUCUCUGAAAUGAAUUAAAGUUAAUAUCCAAAAACAUAAAACCAUUUUUUUUCUAAAUAACCUGAUUAGUUUUAAUAGACAUCUUAAAAGAGCUUUAAAGAAUUUAAUAAUAAUUAACAAUAACAUAGAAUUGAAAAAAGAUCACCCUUUUUAUUUGAUGGAUCUUAAUCACCUAUUAUUGGUGUUACAAAACCAUUAAAUCCUUAACCUAAUAUUGGUUAAAAUAGAAAUUAAAAUCAAGAGGCUAAUUUUUUCACUAAUAGUUUCUCUAAUCAAUAAAAUAUCAUAUCUCCAAAAUAGAAUAUUUAUUAAAAUACAUAAUAGUAACAAUAAUACUAAUAAUAAUAAUAACAAUAAUAAUAACAACAAUAAUAACAAUAAUAAUAACAACAAUAAUAACAAUAAUAAUAACAACAAUAAUAACAAUAAUACUAAUAACAAUAAUAAUAAUAAUAAUAACAAUAAUAAUAAUAAUAAUAAUAAUAAUAAUAAUAAUAAUAAUAAUAAUAAUAAUAAUAAUAAUAAUAAUAAUAAUAAUAAUAAUAAUAAUAAUAAUAAUAAUAUAAAUAAUAAUAAUAACAAUAAUAAACAACUCCUAUUAUUCAUUAAAAACAAUAAUAAAAUUUAGUUAUAGAAGAUGAUUCAAGCUUACAUUUUAAAUCACUUCCAUCAGAGGCCUCUAGUUAAAAUAAAAAAUUGAUCAAGGAUGAAAAAUAAUAGCCAAAAUUGAAAACUCCUUUUUAACUAGCCUAGAAUACUAAUGAGGAAGAAUUAGAUGAAUAAAAUUUGCAAAAAAAGAACAGUUAAAAUUAUAAUUAAGAGCAAAACUAACCAAAUGAAAAAGAUAAAAAACAAGAAUUCUUUAAGAAACCACAGCAGGAUAAUAAAUUAACUUUAAAUUCAACAUUUUCCAAAAAAGAAGAUGAAAAAACAGUAGAUAAUUAUGUGGCAAAUCAUUAAAAAAAUGAAAAACCUUAAUCUAUAAAUGAUAUAGAGGAGCCUCCAAUUAUAAGACCCAAUAAAUCACUCCAAUAAGAUGUUUCAAAAUAGAAAUCUACAAAUGAAAAUACAUUAGGUACUAGAGUGAAUUAAGAAGAUCUUGAGAAAACCUUUAAUGAAUAUCAACAGAAGUAAAAUGUUAUAAUUAAUAAGGUAUUAUACAUAUUUAGCUAUUAUUUAAAAUAUAACAUUUGCUGUGACAGAUUUAAAUGACAAACUUAGUACUCAUGGACAAAUUUGGAUUGUACCAUUAUGUAUUGUUUUUAAAGUAAUUUUUGAUUUUCUAUCUUUUAGAGAGCUUAUGAGAUAAGAAAAAUAAUAGAGAAGGAUAUAGAAAAAUAUAGAAAUAUUUUUGAACUUAAAGAAUUUUUAAAAUUCAAACAAUCAACUUAGUAUUAAUUAUUGUAAUAGACAAUUGUAUAAUAAAAUAAAAUGAUGGAAAUAGAGUUCACAGAAAUGUUAGAAGUUGCCUAAAAAAAUCUUACUAAGUUGGAUGCAAAUUCUUAAUAAAAAAUGGCAGCUCUUUUAAAUUUGGAUAUCAAAAAAUCUAUUAAGGAAUAGGCUGAAAAAUAUUUAUAUACUCAACUUUACCCAAGAGUAAAAUCUGCUAUUGGAAAACUUAGAGCAAAAACGUUGACUAAUAAUAAAUUCUCAGAAUUAGAUUGGAUACAAACUAGAUUAUUGAGUUUGUAUUCAAUUUUAAUUAUGGAAUUAGAUUUAUAUACUUAUGAAUCUAAUCUUUUUCAAGAAGCUACUCUAAAAAAAUACAGAAAAAUGUAAAAUAUUAAUGAAAUUGAGUAACAUUGCAAUUAAAUAGAAAAUGCGAUCAAUGCACUUCCAAUAUUCAGAAAAUGA